AUGACGGAGCAGUCCAAAGCCCUCUCCAAGCUUCUCUCGGAUCACACGAAGCUCACGGAACAAGAAGCGAAGACGCGGGCGGUCAGAGUCCAGAUCACCAAGGCAGCAUUCUACGAGCACACAAAGACUCAAGCCCAGACGGAAGAAGCCGAUCGACUGGUCGUCGAAAUCGAAGAUAUCAGGAAAGAUAUGGCGACUCACGACAAACUCACCGAUAGCCUUAUCAAGGAAAUCGCGGAACUCGAAGCAAACCGCGACAAGAGUCUCGAGAUCAAAAUGCGUGAACCCAACGCCAAAAAACGCUCGGAGGAGGAGAAUAAAUUCUACGACCGUUGGAAUCCGUCGGAAAUAGAAUCAAAACUCCGCCGCCUGAUCGCGGACAAAAUGGAGCGCUACAGCCUCAAAGGAGCCAUGUUCGCUCAAAUUAAGACGAGAGAGACAAAAAUCACUGAACUCUCUCAAAAUACGGCCGAAUCCGCAGCUGUAUUCAAGGAAAAAGACCCUCUUACAGGCGUCGAAUCCUACUACAUGACUCAAGUCGGCUCCACAAACUUGCCGCAAGACGAAGGAGACUCUCUCCGCGACAUGGGCAAGGAAUUUCGGGCUUUCGUCACAGACGCCAAGACUCAACGGACCUUUAGACGGGAAAAACUCCUGAAGUUGCUCGGUAACUACAAAAGAGCCAUGACUCCCGAGUACACCGAACGAGCCAUCAUCGAAAGCGUCGUCGACGAACUGAUCCGGAUGCCGGAUAUGACUCGAAAAGAUGCACUGCUCUCUCUUACGCCUCUUAUGCGUCCGAAUGUGCGCCACCAAUUCGACAGAGCCAUGACGAUGAACACGACUCACCCAACCUUCAAGAAAAUGAUCAUCAACCCCUGCGACGGUUCAGAGGACUGGCGAUCUGAGCGAGACUCUAAACCGGGCCGAGGACGUCGAGGAGGACACGGAAGCGGAAGCCAAAGCAAGAAGCAAAAGACGGACCACCAGAGCGAAAACGCGAAUCCCACCCCGGAAGGCAGCGGAAGCUCCGGAGAGCACUGGGAGGUGGCAGAAGCAAUGGCCACUUUCAACUACAAUGAGGCGGAAAUCGACGACGUGAUCCAACACUUCCUCGACAGACUCCUCACAAGACCAACGCUCAAGGCUUAUGCGUACGAAAAAGGAAUCACAACGAUUCAAGAUGUAGUCGCAUCCCAGAUGAAGAAGACUCUCACAGCAAAACAAAAAAGGAAGAUCAAGACCUGGUGCGAACACAGAGCCCGUGAAUCAGCAGCAGAAACCCUCCAAUACCCCAAGCAAGCGGAAGUUGUGGACGAACCAGAGGCAAUCCGGCUGUGGGAGGAGCUCAUGAGGACAAACAAGCCAAAGCCAAGAGAAGCAGCCAUCGCCUUUUUCAUCUGCUUCACCACGGGCGCUAGAAUGAAGGAGGCACUCAACCUCAGAAUCGAAGACCGCGAGAUCGUCAAGGAAGAGGGGAAAGAGUUCUGGCGAUUCCACAUUCGAAGCAGCAAGACGGACCCAUUUUGCAAGCGCAUGGAGACUCUAACCAUCCCCAUGGAGAUGAAACACGGCGUCCCGCUGGCGCUGGAACUCAGAGCGCAGUUAAGAGACCGAGAUUCAGGACUCGUCUUCAAGAAUCUAGAAGGUCACACCAGAAUCGCCUCGGACUACCUGGCCCGCUACGGAGCAAAAGCGGAACUCCCGAAAAAAGUCUCCGCGCAUUCGGGCAGAGUCAGCUUCUACAUCGAGGGACGCCGCUCAGGCCUUUCUCAGCAAACCCUCGCGCACACGCUCCGAUGGGCUCCAGGAAGCUCAAUGCCAGAUUACUACGAAAGAUGCUGGCUCGAAUGCAGUAACUUGGGAGCGCCCGUCAGCGUCGCGAAAUCAAGAGCCAGAAAGCGAAACGGAAGCAACAACGAGGAUAACCAUCUUCAGACACCACAAGAACCACAAGAAGCCAAGCAAGAGCAAAAGAAGCCGAAAACAUCUGAGUCCUGA